AUGGCACCUACUAAAGAUGAUGUCGAGGCAGUUACCAGCCGCAAUACCUUUGCAACCUGUUGCACCUUCCUUAGACCCAAACCAUUCUACUUAAAUCUACCUUCGGAACUUGCAGAUUUCUUUGAAGCCAUCAACAGAAACACUUUUGCAGUCAUGAACUCUCUAACUCUUGCAAGUUUCUAUACCGAUAUUCCUUACAUAAUACAAAUAACCGCCGUGGACGAAGAAGGAAACAGGAAACAAGCUCAAUUUUUCACACGGAGGAAACUGGGACCCCACGAAAGAGCUGAUACGAACUGUUAUUUACAUCUUAUUCCUCUUUUUGGUGUACAUUGCGACAUCCGUGUCGACGACGUGGAAGAGGCAAUCUAUCAGCGGAGAAACUAUAUCAUGGGUGAGACCUUCCACUGGGAAUGCGGAGGGACACAUAGACCGAAUCAAGAAGGUCGCUCUGGUAUUGUAGAGUACGAGGUGGUUCUCUGGACACUUGGACCAAGGAUAACGGCUUUGCAAGAGGCUUUUCAGGUGAAGAGGGAUACUGGUAUUAUGCCACCUGUUCCAGAAUGGCUGAGGCGAGAAAUAGAAGCGGACAUACCUUCCGGAGAAGAUUAA